UACGAUAUGUCCGACGGCAUGUGACGAGGGUUUGAAGACGCAAAAACUAAUUUAAGAACGAAGUGGAUGAUUGUUAAAAAUUCCACCCUGCUUCGUUCAAAAAAUCAUCAGAGAAAAAAUGUCGGACAGUGUUAAAGUGGGAAUCAAAUUAAAACCUCUGAUCAAACGGGAGAACGAUGAAAAUUCGUCGAUACGAUGGAUUGUACAAGGAAAUUCCAUUGUUUCUUUAGACCCGGUGACUAGAGAACCGGGAGAUGUCGAAUUUUCUUUUGAUCAUAUUUUUGAUACAGAUGCAACCAAUUCUAAUGUAUUUAACAGUAUUGUGAAACCUAUCGUUGAUGCUGCUGUAAAAGGCUUCAAUGGGACAGUACUUUCAUAUGGUGAAUCUAAUUCUGGUAAAACUCAUACAAUGAUAGGUACUUCAGAAGAACUAGGAAUAAUACCUCUUAGUAUUCAAUACAUAUUUAAGGCUAUUUCUAACAGUAUUGGACGUGAAUUUCUGUUAAGGGUGUCUUAUUUAGAAAUUCAUAAUGAGACAGUUAAUGACCUUCUAAAUAAAAGUGGACUUGACUUAACAUUACAUAAAGAUGACGGCGAUCAAAUCAUUGUUGACUCUAAAGAAGAAAUUACAAACUCCUCAGAUUACAUGUUAUCAAUAAUGAAAAAAGGGAUUAAAAACCAGAAGAUAAACGAGACUAAUAAGAACGAAUAUAUUAGUAAUCACAGCAUAUUUCGAAUUACAAUUGAAAGUCAGGACAGUGGAGAUUCUCAAAGCACUGUGCAAGUAUCACAAUUAAAUUUGGUAGAUCUAGGUGGUUUCAAAAAAUCUUGUCAAAUAAAUGGCAUUGAGGGACAUCAAAUGGACGUAUCUCUUUCCACCUUUGAAUCAGUAAUUACGCAGCUAAGCGAAUUGCAAAAUGAUCAAAAAGAUAUCAAUUAUCGUAACAGCAAAUUAACAGAACUCUUGCAGUCGUCGUUGUGUGGUAACUCUUUGUUAGCAUUAGUGUGUAAUGUGACUACUACUGCUUUAGAGGAAACAUAUUACACUCUAUCGUUUGCAACUCGAGCCAAAAAUGUGAGUAGCCAGCCGAAAAAGAAUGAGGUGGUAUCCGAUGCGCCGCUCUUAACACGUUAUGCAAAACAGUUGAUAAAACUUCAAACGGAAUUGCAGAGUAUCCGAAACGGAAGCGCAUCUACAGAAUGCGAAGAUGAAUCUAGAUUGCAAGAGAAAUUUCAAAUUAAUCGCGUGCUAGAAGAACGUAUAAAGUUGCUAAAAACUCAAAUUGUUUCUGGGUGUGCCGAAAAUCACGUGGAACCAUUUAAAUGUAAAUCUAGAAGAAGGCCGAAUCGGUGUAAUCCUGGAAUCUUUAAACAAUAUCAGCCUCUUUGUCAAACGAAAAAUGGUUUACCAACAAUAAAAGAAAUGUCCCCUGAAAAACCAUAUAACAAAAGCAACGCGCAAUUCAACAUAAAUAAGACGUGUCAGACACCUUUUACCGACUUCGAAUUAAGCUUAAUUGAAUGCGAAUCGUCUUGUGAAACCAAAGAAAAUGGCAUUAACUUCGAAGAGGAAGAUAUUAAAUAUCCACAUAGUAUAUUAAGUAUAAAAUCGAAAAGCAAUACUUCCUCUGUAACACCAGAAAAACAGGACUCGUUUGUACAAACUUCAAGCAAUCAAGGUUCUCCUACGACGCCAAAGAAUGUUUUACGAGGAUAUAUUUCUUAUUUAGCUAAAGAUCUCAUAGAACUUCGCGAAUUUACAACCUUGGAAAAACAAGUAAUGUGCGAGGAAAAUCAUUGUCGCGCGAAGCACCAACAAAUAAAACAAUCUGACUUGUUAAAUUUCAAGGAUAACGAAAUCAACGAAUAUUCUUUAAAUCCGAUAUUGCAGUUGGAGGAAGAAAAAGCUAAAUUGGUGGAAGAUCUUGAAUUGAAAAUUCAAGAAUUGGACGAAAUAAAAAAUGACGUCCAAGGCCUUAAAUCGGACGUGGAAAAGUUACAGAAAACUAUUUAUUUACUAACGCACGAAAAUAUGGAAAUGUCGACUAAGUUGUCCAUUGAAAAGGAACGUUCAAAGCAAGCAGAGUUCAAUCUUCAAAGAACAAUCGAUGAACUGUACGCGCGUAUUUCCAAAAUUACGGACGAGAAAAUUAGUUUAGAAAGUGAUUGCAUCCACUUAAACGACAAGUUACAGAAUAUCCGUUCGAAGACGCCGGAAAAACUCGGCGAUGAAGAGUUGAUAAAUAAAUAUCAGAAUAAAAUUGACACGUUAAAGACGGAAAACAUGAAAUUAACAGCAGUGAUAGCGGAACAAAAUAAGGAGCUGGAAAAUAUUAAAGAAAGUAAGUCACUUCAGUACGACCACGAAUGUAUUUACAAGGAGAAAGUUCAAGUACUUACAGAAAGGAAUGAAUUCUUAGUAAGAGAAAACAAUGAACUCUCUACCGAUUUAAUGGAUAAGAUCGAGGAAAAUGACAUGUUAAAAGAGCAAUGCGAUAUUCUGAAAAACAAAAUAUCUCUAGCGAAAACCAUAAGUUCCGAUCAAAAUGAUGUGGAGCAACUAAGAACAGAGAACAGUCACUUGAAAGCCGAGAUUAUGGAAUUGAAAUUUAAGGUAACGAUGUUAACGGACGAGAAUGUAAAAUUUUCAAACACUUUAUUGGAAACUAUGGAUGACAACACGUCGCAUUCGUUUAGCACACUCGACGAUACAAGGAAAGACGAGAUUGCGAAGGACACAUUGCAAGAAGAAAACCGUGAAGUACUGGCAAAUAAAGUUCUAACGUUACAAGAUCAAGUAAAUCAUCUAACUCGUUUAAACACAAAAUUGAGCGACUUGAAAUUGUCACCCUGCAAUCAGUGCGCGCGUUUGAAGAACGUAAAUGAAAAUCGUAGGGCUCUCAAGCUCGAGGCAAAGCUUUUAAAUCAUAAACUGGAAGACUUGCAGCGAAAGUUCGAUCAGAAAUGCGCAGACACCGAGACUCUGAAAAUGAAAGUUAAUCAAGAAUUGAAUUUAAGUUGCCUCGAUGCAUCUCUGAAUGCCAGCUUCGUGGAUGGAAUGAACGUGAGUUUCAUGGAGGAGAAGGUUCAACACUUGCACAACGAAUUGGAGACAUUGAGAGACGACCGCGAUAAAUUAUCGUUUUUGUACAGAGAGAAGUGCGAUGAAUUUGAGAAACUCCAUGACGAAGUGAUCGAUCAGAAAAAUGUUGACUCUACAUCGAAGAAGAAUACGGACAAAAAGGAAACUAGGAUUGAACGUAUACAAAACAGUAUCGACCAAGUCAGAGAGGAUAUAGACGAGUUGAAGAAAAAUAGUGCGAACUUCACUUCUAUGCUUAAUAAAUUCAGAGCGGAGAAAGCCAGCUUACUAGACGAAAUAAGCACAUUGAAGAAUAUGAACGAAGAGCUACAACAAAAAGUGUCGGACACCGAGAUGGCGGUAGCCACGGCUACGGAAAAAGCUCUUAUACUUGAAAGUGAAUUGUCAAAUAUGAGCAAGGAAAUCGAUCACUAUUCUGAAAAGGAGAAAGUAAUACAGAGCGAAAAAUUAACGCUAGAAGUAGAAGUGGAAGACCUGAAGGCUGAAAAGAACAAUAAAGAUAUUCUCAUUAUCGAAUUAAAUCAUACGAUCGACGAUUUAAACAAAUGCAUUUCAUCGUUGAAGGACGAAUUAGACUCGCUGACGAAUCAGAAGGACGAGUUGGAUGUUUGUGCAAAGGCGAUCGAACGUAAACACAAAGACGAUUUAGAAUUAUUGAAGAAACAAUACGAGGAAUUAGAAAAUGAAAGGAAACAAAGUGUUGAAGCAGAACAACGUGCGACAUCGUGGGCCAAGGAACUAGAAUCAGAUAUAGAAAACCUUCAGGCAGAUCUGAAGACACAAGAAAAUCUAUAUAAAGAUCUUCAGGGAAAAGUUUCUCAGCUGGAAAAUCUUUUACAAGAAAGCGAAAAUGAGAAGGAGCUGCUGAAACAAAAAUUGCAAGAACUCGAAGUUCAAUUAACUGAUUCUAAAGAUAAUCUAGUAAAUAAAUAUAAAAACGAAUUAGAGUCUGUAACACAGAAAUUUGAAGAGUACACCAAGGAAUCUGAGAUUAAAUUACAGAAAAUGAAGGAAACGUUAAACAAACACGUUGAAGAGAAUUAUAAUUUAAAGCAAGACCUUGAAAAACUUCGAGACAUUGAAUCUAACUUUGGCAGAAUGAGAGACGAGAACAACAAGCAUGCGUUUAACAAGGAUAACACUUUAAUGAAUGAUAAUAAAAUGUUAACCGAAGAAUUAGAAACUGUUAAAAAAUGUAUGCUAAAAGAACUGAAAUCGCUUAAGAAUAAAAUAAAUUGCGCAGAUUUCUUAAACAAGACUGCAAAUGAAAUUUUCGUAAUCUUUCUACAGACCCUUAUGUUGAAAGAAGAAGAAGUAAUUAAAAUUAUGAGAGAAUCGUUUGAGAAAGAUAAGCACAAGCUCGAAGAUGAAAAACGACAAAGUGCAGAUGCAGAGAUACGUGUAACGUUAUGGGCCAACGAAUUAGAAACGGAAAUUGAAAAAUUACAAACGGACUUAACAAAUCGAGAGAGCGUCCAUAAUCAACUGCAAGACAAGAUUCAUCUGUUGGAGCAUCGUUUAAAGGAAAGCGGCUGCGAGAAGGAAGCACUUAAAGAAAAAAUGGAGACUCUUGAAAUUGAUUUCAACAAUUUGCAAGCCGAAUUUGAUAAACAUUGUAAGGCACGAGACGAAGAAGCGUUUAUCGUAGCGCAAAAACGGGAAAAAAACGCAGAGGAAGCUUUUAAAAAGAAGGAAAUCGAACUUCAGUCUAAAAUGAAAUCUGAGAAAGCGGUGUACGAUAAAAAAAUAGAAAAUCUUGUUUGCAGUAUAGAAUCUUAUAAGACGAAAAAUAUGGAAUUGAAGAGCACCAUCGAAGGUCUCGAAGCGAAUCAUAAUCAUUUAAAGAACAUCAUAGAAGCAAACGCGUCCGAAUUGAAAAUGAAUAAUCAAACUAUAAGUAAAUUGACCGCCGAGCUCGAACAACUUACGCAAGCUUACAAUGAGUUGAGCCACGAUGCGGAUAAUAAAUCGUCGCAAAUCGAAAAUAUCACCGCACAUCUAAAAACUAAGUGCGAUAUGCUGUCGGAAUACAAAGCUAAAUUUGAUACAAUCAUGCCAGAUUACGAAAUGCUAAAGGAACAAAGUAAGGAGCGAAGAAUAAGCAUCGGUCGAUACAAGGAAGAGAUAGAAGAAUUGAAAAUGGAGAAAGAAAAACAGAUAGAAAUAAUCAAGGAUAAAUUGAAUUCUGAAGAAAUAAAAAAUGCUGGACUGAAUAAGCAGUUGAAUGAACUGAAUAACAGAAACAUUACUUUGGUAGAGGAGCUGGACUGUCUGAAAGAAAAAUACGAAGACUUGCAAAGCGCGAACGCGAAGUUGGAUAGGAAGAUUAGAAAUAGCACGAGUAAGGUGAAAGCGGAGGAAGAGAUGGAUGACUUGAGAGAUCUAAACAAACGAUUGCAAAAUAAUUUAGAAGGUGCGAGUAAUCGUAUAACCGAACUUCAGGAUAGUAAAACUAAAAUUUUGAAGGAAUUAGUUAAUUUGAAGGGACAAUACGAGUUGUUAUCCCAAGAAAACGUUGAACUAACUAAAACAUUAUCGUCGUAUAAAUCCAGGCAAAGUAUUCCAUCGUUAGCUCAGGAAAAUAGUAGAUACGAUGCUCUUCUCCAAGAGAAGAAUAAACUUGCACUAGAAUUAGAAAGUAACAAAUUGUUAUUAAACCAAAGAGACAAAGAGAUUAAAAACUAUGUAAAUCGGGUAGAAGAUUUAAUUACUAAAAACAAUGAACUCGACAAACAGCUGGAGGAACGCGCGGCAGUUAUACGUGACCGCGAUGCAGAAAUCUCAAGUCUAAAGGACAAACUGUAUGUUCAUCAAAUAGAAAACAAAUUGGUCAACGAAUUGGAGGAGAAACUAAAAGUACUCAAGGAGGAAAACAAAAAACUUCAGGACCAAUUUGAAAUGAUAAAAACAGGAUCACAGAUCGAUAUAAAGCAAUUGGGUGAUCUGAAAAUGCACAAUGAACAAGUUUUCCUUGCAUUGAAAAAAGAGAAUACAGAAUUGCAAACCAAACUAAUCGAAUACGAAAAUAAAUUAGAAUCGAAAAGCGACAGUAGCGGUUCGAGAUCUGUAAGCCCAGCGUUUGAAAUGAUGAGAAGACGACAUAGCAGAUCCGAGGUAGUUAACCAAAAAAGGCAAAUUGAAAAUUGGACGUCUGAUACCUGUGAAAACGAAGAAAUCUACCAAAUGUUUAGGAAACAGAUUGAAGAAUUAGAAUUGAAGUUGGUCGCGAAAAAUGGACAGAUCGCUGCGUUAGAGAUUCAAAUCCAAAGUGAAAACUUCCCUUACCAACAAAAAUGCAAGGAAUUAGAAGAGCAUCUACUCUCGUUACGUGAAAAAAACACAGAACUUCGCGUCGAGCUAUCGAAUCUUAGAAAGGCUAUGUAUGAAAUUAACGCGUGGGAAUGCGAUACAUGCAGAAACUGGCGAAUAAAUAGAAAAAAUCAAGGUUGCCAAACGAUAUCUAAUAAUACAGCACAAGGUUUAAAUGGAGCAGUCAAUGAUCAGGCAAAGAUAAUAAGGUUGGAAAAAGAAAAGGCAUUAAUAAAAGAUAUAUGCCGUUCACGAUGUAGACAAAUAAAAGAAUUGGAAGAUAGAAUAAGAGAAUUAGAAGAAUAUAAACCGAAAAUGGAUUUUCAAAAUCGGCCAGGAGGCAAAACUGGAGGCGGUGGUGUUGCCUCAUGGUCGGAAAGCAAUCGUGACAGAAGGGAACGUUUACGACAACUUGCAUUGGAAACAAUCGACUUAAACAAGGAUCCUUAUUUUAUGAAAAAUCAUUUAGGCUCUUAUGAAUGCAAAUUGUGUUUAACGCUUCAUAAUAACGAGGGCAGUUAUUUAGCCCACACUCAAGGCAAAAAGCAUCAGGCUAAUUUGGCUCGAAGAGCUGCCAAGGAAGCCAAGGAAGCACCACAAACACUUGCUCCUGAAAAACCUCGAGUAGAGCCAAAAAAAUUCGUUAAAAUUGGAAGACCUGGCUACAGAGUAACCAAACAACGUGACCCAGAAUCUGGGCAACAGAGUUUAUUGUUUCAAGUUGAUUAUCCAGAAGUUGCAGAUAAUGUUAUUCCACGACACAGGUUUAUGUCAGCAUACGAACAAAGAGUUGAACCACCAGACCGUAAAUGGCAGUACUUACUGUUUGCUGCAGAACCCUAUGAAACUAUAGCUUUUAAAGUUCCCAGUAGAGAAGUUGAAAAAGCAGAAGGAAAAUUUUGGACCCAUUGGAAUAAAGACACUAAGCAGUUUUUCUUACAGUUUGCAUUUAAAAACGAAAAACCGUCGGUUGGCAAAGUACCACCACCUCCAGUUCCUUUAAUAAGACCUGGUUUAGGACCUCCUAUGGUGCCAGUUCCACCUCCUCCAAGGCCUCCUAUGUUUAAUCCAGUACCUCCACCACCUGCACUUUUAGCUACAGAAAAUGAAAAGGAUGUUUGCAUCGGACGAUACGAGAUGAUCCCAUUGAUGCAGGAAUCUCAACCGAAGAAAGGCAAGAAAGCCAGAAGAAAGCGCAAUGAUAGCGAAGAAGAUAUUGAGAAGGUAUUGGCUGAAUUGCAACUAGAAUAUUCUGGAGAGAAACCAGAUGAACCAGUUGGGAAAAAGGCUGAGUCAGUCGAGAAAGAUGAUAAGCCAAUUGAGAAGGAGAGUACUGACAAUGAUGUGGACAAAAAGAAGAAGGAAAAGAAGGCUAAAAAGAAGGAAAAAGGUGAUGCUAUAGAUAUUAAAGAGGAGCUGAAAGCUGCUGCCCUUCUCGACGAGAAUGAUAUGGAUGAUGAUGCUGAAAUUAGUACUGUAAAAACUGCUGCACAAAAGAAAAAAGAGAAGAAGGAACGGGAGAAACAGAAGAAACUUGCCCAAAAGAAAGGAGAAAUAGCCAAACAGGUAGAUGGGGAUGAAACAAAGGAGGGAGUUCCAGAAAAGGGAACAAAGAAAGAGCCAGAAGUAAAAGUAACAGAUGCAGCAGAAGCAGAUGCUACGACACUGGAAACUGAUGAUGGAAAGAAGAAGAAAAAGAAAGGGGUCAAGGAGGAGGUGGCAAAAGAAAAAGGCAAAGGUCCUGGAAAGAAGACUAUCGCGGCCAUGCAAGAAGCAUUGAAAAAAUUAAAGGAAGACGAGGAAAGGUUAAAACUGGAAGAACAAGAACGGUUGCGACAAGAAGAAUUACGGGAGCAAGCGCGAUUGGAGCAGGUUCGUCUUGAACAGGAACGCAAAGAGAAGAAGAAACUUAAGGAAAAACAGAGGAAAGAAAGGUUAAAAGCGGAAGGAAAACUUUUGACAACAAAACAAAAGCAAGAUAGGGCAAGAGCCCAAGCGAUGCUCGAAGCGCUUAAAGCUCAAGGUUUGCCCUUACCGGAUGUAGCAGACAAGAAACAUAGACCAGGAACCCGUAUAAGACCGAACAAAGUGAAGCAACAAGUUAGCAUCGACGAGAAGGAUGACGGAAAAGUGGAGGAGAAUGCAACAGAUACCGAUAAAGUUGAGGUAGAAAUCGUAGACCAGCAGUCAAAAGAAACGGAAGAGAAGACGGAGGACAUCAAAGAUUCCUGGGAUGCUGAGAGUAGCGAAGAUGAACAGGAAGAAGACAAAUCAGAAGAAGCGUCGAAAACACCUGAGAAGGGUAAAGCGAUCCGGUCGUCCGAUAAAGCAAAAGUAACGCAAACCGAGACAAGUAGGAAGGAAUCUUCGGAAAGCGAAUCGGAAAGCGACAGUGGCAGCGAAUCGGAAACUGAAGAAAGCGAGGAUGACAGUGGGUUAGAAGACAAAGUAUCGGAUGCAGCAAGGAAAAAGGAACGCGCUAGAGAACGAAUACAACUUCGAAGGAUAGAAGCGGAGAAGAACAAGUCGCUGGAUAAUCUUCGAGCUGCCGUAGUGUGCGUCUUAGGUCACGUCGAUACUGGAAAAACAAAGAUCCUUGACAAAUUGAGACGGACGAAUGUGCAAGACGGCGAAGCAGGCGGUAUAACUCAACAAAUCGGUGCAACGAACGUACCUAUCGAUGCCAUUCAAGAGUCAACGAAACACGUUAAAGGAUUUGCCGAUAAGAAGUUCAAAAUUCCUGGAUUGUUGAUUAUAGACACUCCUGGUCACGAGUCCUUUAGCAAUUUAAGAAACAGAGGAUCCUCUCUUUGUGAUAUAGCGAUAUUAGUAGUAGACAUUAUGCAUGGUUUAGAGCCGCAGACUAUCGAAAGUAUUAACUUACUGAAAACGAAGAAAUGUCCUUUCAUCGUAGCUUUAAAUAAAAUUGAUAGAUUAUACGACUGGCAAACUAUGAGUCGGAAAGAUAUUCAAGAUAUAUUGAAAAGCCAAGCGAUCAAUACGCAACGAGAAUUCGAAACACGUUCGAAGGAAGUGAUCGUGCAAUUUGCUGAACAGGGCUUGAACGCUGCAUUGUUCUAUGAAAACCCUGAUCCUAGAAGUUACGUUUCCCUUGUUCCCACUAGCGCUAUUACAGGUGAGGGGAUGGGGAACCUGUUGUUGUUAAUAGUAGAGGCUUGUCAAGGCCCGCUAGCUAAAAGACUCAUGUACAGCGAAGAGCUCCAAGCCACAGUUUUGGAAGUGAAAGCAUUGCCAGGUCUCGGCACUACGAUAGAUUGUAUUCUAGUCAAUGGAACGUUGAGAGAAGGUGAAACGAUGAUAGUUGCUGGUACAGAUGGUCCUAUAGUGACUCAAAUACGUUCGCUCCUUAUGCCGCAGCCAUUGAAGGAAUUGAGGGUCAAAAGUGCGUAUAUUGAACACCGAGAGGUCAAAGCCGCGCAAGGAGUGAAAAUCGCUGCGAAGGACUUGGAGAAAGCAAUCGCGGGAUUAAACCUCCAAGUGGCUCAGAAACCUGACGAGGUGGAGAUUCUAAAGGAAGAGAUCGCGAAAGAGUUGUCCAGCGCUCUAGGCAACAUCCGUCUCGCGGAACGCGGAGUUUACGUGCAGGCGUCGACUUUGGGUGCGCUGGAGGCGUUGCUGGACUUCCUGAAGAGCAGUAAAAUACCGUAUGCUGGAAUUCGAAUUGGUCCCGUGGUGAAGAAGGACGUCAUGAAGGCGUCCAUUAUGUUGGAGCACGACAGUCAGUACGCUACAAUUCUCGCGUUCGACGUGAAGAUCGAGAAAGACGCCCAGGAAUUGGCCGACUCCCUCGGGGUUAAGAUCUUCCACGCGGACAUUAUUUACCACCUCUUCGACAAGUUCACCGCUUACAGAGAGGAGCUGAAGCAACGCAAGCGGGACGAGAACAAGCAUAUCGCCGUGUUCCCGUGCAAACUUCGCGUCUUACCUCAGUUCAUCUUCAACUCCCGAGAUCCUAUCGUGAUGGGCGUAAUGGUCGAGGCCGGAAUCGUCAAGGAAGGAACCCCCCUCUGCGUGCCCAGCAAAGACUUCGUGGAGUUGGGCAUGGUGACGAGCAUAGAGUACAAUCACAAGCCCGUGGAGUCCGCGAGGAAGGGUCAGGAGGUCUGCGUGAAAAUCGAGCCGAUUCCUGGGGAAGCGCCUAAAAUGUUUGGUCGUCAUUUCGAUGAGAAAGAUUUCGUCGUCAGCAAGAUAAGCAGACAGAGCAUAGACGCGUGCAAAGAGUACUUCAGGGACGACCUGGUGAAGACGGACUGGCAACUAAUGGUGGAACUGAAGAAGCUCUUCCAGAUACUCUAGGACACGCUGCGCUUGGCGAAAACAUGGAGGAUCCAACGAGGGCUCCGUUCGCUGGCUGAUACCAGGACGAGAUCCACGAUCCACGACCAGGGGACCUUCUUGGUUCUGUGAUCGAUCGUUGCCGAUCGUUCUCCCAAUUUGUAAUAUACGAGGCGAACUUGUCGAUCUCUCUGCCGUUGUCCUCGACAUCCGUGAAUAACAACUCCCUAUUCGCGAACGAAAUCGAGGCGUGCGAACAAUCGACGCGAAACUCAUGCUGCAAUUUUUUGGCCGAUACUUUUAAACGAAACGAUCGUCAUCGACAGACUGGAAUCAAUCGUUUCGUCGAGUUUUCUCGACGCGUAUUUUUUUAAACUAGCCUUGUAGACGUUUUAGCGGAAUUUUUAAACUGUGUACAGUGCCCCCCACCUCCUACUCCCUCCCACCAUUUGGAUUCGAUAACAGUCACCGAAAUCAAAAGAAGAUGUUGGACGAUUCUAGACGCGAACAUUUCUUCCACGUGGAUCGACGGCGGCGAUCAAUCAUCGACGAAUUAUUUUUAACGAUACAGCGACGUUUCGGUGACCGUCACCGGACGGUUUCCGUUGCGAAGCUGUCUUGCGCGCGGCGAGGAGAUAUUUCAAAGCUUCGCUAGUACUUAAUCAUCGAGUUCUCGUCGGCAGUUAACACUCUGACGACCGCGGGAUUCCCAUCCAAUGGUUACGUGCGAACGUCGAUUAAAAUUAUCUCGUAUUUCACUCUUCACGGAAAUAAUACAGGCCACUUGGUUUAAAGAAACGAAUUACAAAGCCACCAUCGUUUCUAUGAGUGCGAGACGAUGUUAAACUACGUCGGUAAGGCGAGUCACGGUGUACGUGUACGAGCGGCUGUCAGAGUGCUAACGAAGAUGCAGGAAACAAGAAACUAUAUCGAAUAGCUGAGUUACAGUCGAUACUGUUCGAGACUUUCCGAUUCGAGCCUGUAUCCUUUAGAAAGAACGUCGACUCGUCGGAGACUUGUUCUUGAAAAGCCUCGAACAUUACCGAGCAUGAAAAACCGGGCCGCGAAAGCCUCAGAAAUGUUAUACUCGACUAGCCGAGAAUCGUUUAACGUACAAUUAAGUAUAUCGUUAGUGCUGCGUCUCUUUCUAGCCAGAGGUAAUAUCUCGAUUACCAAGGAGUUCGCGACGAGUGAGACUUGACGCUAGCUGGAUAAAAUACUACAUCCAAGAGUUAGAAAUGGGGAUUGUCGACAAUUUUUAGAUCCAACGGCUGACCGAGAAACCGAACAAAAAUAGAAUAGAGCAACGGCUUGUUGUUGUUGUUCUUGUUGUUGUUGUUGUGCCCGUUUAUCUAGGAUCCGAGGGGUCUGCUUCGUUUCGAGGCGAGUAUCCAGGUUAGAGGGGAAGCAGCGAGCUGGGAGAGGGUCUUGGGAUAAUUUUAUUACGACCAAGACACUCCCCUCGACGAGAAACCAACCAAACAAACAAGAAAAAAGCAAGAAAGAAAGGAGAGAAAUAAAAGUUCCCAGCGAUCGACGCUGAAUAGCCUCCUCGAACUCGGACGAACCGCAGAACAAGAAGCGAAAGGAAGUCCUUUAGCCGUUUCCUAGUUUCCGGCCACUUUUCGAGAUCUCGACCGAACGAGCCGUCGACGAGUCAACGAGUUUCGUCCGAUACUACCUCGUGUGCGGUUUAUGCGCGAGAGGCGAACAAGGCGGUAGCUGUUCAAACGAAAAGGGACUUCCGUCUUCUCUCUUUCUCCUCCUCUCUCCGCAUGUCGCGGGACACGACCGCAGCGUUAUUCCCCUCCAGUCGUUUUUGCGAUAGAUCUUACGUCACACGCUCCGGUUUCCUCGCUCGCGACAGAGCGGAGUCGCUCCGUGCAAUAUCUCUCUGUUCCUCCCUCUGAGCUUGUUGCCAGCUCGUCCCUUCCUCUCGAGACCUUACGCUCCAGUCGCUGCGGAUUCGACUCUAGGGAAAUUGUCACCAACCAGAUUACACACGCGGGUGUCCCGAACUUCUGCUGCGAACGAGUCACUUCGUUCUUUCCACUCCAAUUCUUCAAUUUUAUUUUGGAGCAAUAUCUGUUCAUCCCUCCGAGUCUAUACUCACGAUGCCCUGCUGCGAGGAAAUCGGCCCUAACGAUCUCUAAACGUCACUCGAUCCUUCGCACUCCAAAUUCCUGUUCACUCUCUUCUCGAGAUCUAUUAUUCUAUCUAUUAUAUAUCUACUGAAUUUUAUUUUCGGUAGCUUCCAAAGGUACGUUGCUUGCUGGCAAUCGUCUCCCCAGGGUGAUCUAGUUUUUCAAGACAAACGAGCCGAGGGGUAGAUUAAUUUAGUUCUGGCACAGCUCAAGUGCAAUCAGAGGCGCAGAGAAGAAGCCGCGAAGCGGAGAAAGGUAGCCGAAGGUAACGAGGUUCGAAUCAUGGAAGACCAGGACACGAACUUGUGACACCCGCGUUAUCGACGUCCUAGAUCGCAGGUGUCUCGAGUUUGUCCGCUUGGCUCAUUCGAAACGCGUUACUAGUCGAUGGGUAAGCCAACGACCACGGCAAAGUCGUAACGAAUAACGAAUAGUAGUCUAGUUUAAUCGCACAAACGCACAGAUCGAUUUCUUUCUUAUGGCAUAUCAUUUCGAAAGGUCGCGUUUUCUUCUUACACGUCUCCGAGGACGAACGAACCGAGGAUGUUCGAUCGAUGUUUCCAGUCGAUUUCCAACGAACUCGUAGGAUCUUGUUAGCGACUCGAUUCCAGUGACUACGAUUGAAAAUCGAUUCUUUUACGAGAAUCGAACGUCCCCAGGGUAAACUCGUCUGACUGUCGGUACUCACGAUCGAUUCGUGGAAGCAGAAGCGUGUCUUGCAUAAAAGUCUCCGACGUGUUUCCGGUUUCAUCGUAGGAACGAGCGCGGAGAGAGAGAGGAGAGAGAAGUAAGUAGGUGUAGAUAUACGCGAACGAAGGGAAGAUAGCGAAUGAACGACUGAAACAGUGAGAGAGUUUUGAGUGAGAAAGGGAGAGAGCGUGAGAGAGAAUCUAGAAAAAUGAGUCACGAAAAAUGGUAGAAUUCUAACGCGUUAAUUUAGAGAGAAAGAGAAAUAUGGGAAAUUAUAUAUAAAUAUAUAUACACGAGAGCCUCAUGUGUUUUGUAUAUGUACUCACUUUGUAUAAGAUAAUCGAGUGAAUUAUCGCGAUCAAAAUAAAGACUACAAGUUUCACAAGAAAAGAACGAUCUACCAGACACUUGCACUCGAGUGUAUCAGCCGUAACCUUCUUCCUGUU